AUGGCGGCGAAGACGAAGAGGGAGAUGCGCAGCUCGAAUCCCCUCAAGGACUUCAACGCCGUGGUGGUUGUGGGGCCCGGUUCGUCGAACAAGGUGAGCAUGGUGAAAUCGGCAUCAUGGAGCGACUUCGGGGUCUGCGCCACCUCCGCCGGAGCUGCUGCUGGGGAGAAGAAGGUGGCGGUGGCAGAGGCCGGAGCUGCUGCUGGGGGCGAGAAGGUGGCUGCUGCUGGGGACAAGAAGGUGGCGGCGGUGGAGGCCGGAGUUGCUGCUGGGGACAAGAAGGUGGUGGCGGCGGAGGCCGGAGCUGCUGCGGGGAGGCGCUUUCACUACAGUGUCCCAUCAGAUGAGCACUUCAAUCUUUGGGAAGAUGCUACGGAUCGGGAGGAGCUGAGGGUCUGUUUUACAGAGUUUGCGGCAUUGGUGGACCAGUGUAACGCAGAGUUGAUGCUUGAGGUUUAG